GGGGGCGCGGCUGCGUCUCGGAAGCGGAGGAAGUGUCUUUCCCGGGCUUGGCCUGGCCUCGGAGGCGGGAGGGGGCCGGCGAAGGAGGCCGCCAUGUCCCACGGCAGCCGGAGGAGGGAGGCGAGGGGCAGCGGGAGCCCGAAGAGGCCCCGGAGCCGCAGCGAGCCUGAGCCCAGCGCCAGCCGCAGCCGCAGCCGCCGAAGCAGCAGCAAGAGCCGCCAUCGGCAAGGAGGGCAGGAGCGGAAGGAGCAGCGGCGCAGGAGCCGCGAUGCCCAGCAGAUCCAGCAGAUCCAGCACCUGGAGUCCUUCUAUGAGAAACUUCCUCCAGGGUUCAUUAAGGAAGAUGAGACUAAACCAGAGGACUGCAUUCCUGAUGUUCCUGGCAAUGAAAACGCCCGGGAAUUCCUCGCCCAUGCUCCCACUAAAGGGCUCUGGAUGCCACUAGGAAAAGAGGUCAAAGUGAUGCAAUGCUGGAGAUGUAAACGUUAUGGACACCGAACAGGGGAUAAAGAAUGUCCGUUCUUCAUUAAAGGCAACCAGAAAUUAGAACAAUUUAGAGUUGCACAUGAAGACCCCAUGUAUGAUAUAAUAAGAGAAAAUAAGCGCCAUGAGAAAGAAAUGAGAAUACAACAGUUGAAGCAGCUGCUGGAGGCUUCCACUUCGGACAGCAGCAGUGACAGUUCCAGUUCUUCCAGUUGCCAUGAAAAGGGCAAGAAAAAAAGAAAGAAAGAGAAAAAGAAAGAGAAGAAAAAGAAGAAGAAGAAAAGAAAGCACAAAUCUAAAUCUGACAAAUCAGUUUGAGGAAAGACUGCCUCUGUAGUGAAUGUAUGCUGUGCAGUGAAGCAUCCAAAGAAUGAUCCUCUGCAAAGGGCUUUGGAAAGUUUCAGGACACAACCACAGAAGUAUUUACAUCUUUAUGUCAUUUCAGAAGUACCACGAGUUCUCGCGCUGUUUCUCUAUGUUGAUUAUUUUUGCAUCUUUGAGAGGUUUUUUAAGUGUGGCUGUUUGGUAAAAGAGCUGCUACCAAGAGAAAUUGACUUUGGUGUGUGUGCCCUGCCAUCCCAAAUUGCACAAGACUCAUUGGAUGAUGAGCUAUAAAGUAUCAAGAGCUAUAAAGGGAUUUAUGUAGGACUGCAUUCAGGUAAAUGUUAGCUUUAAAAAGGAGUUUUAAAAACAGCAUUGUGUGAUUGAACACAGUACCAGUCAUGGACGUUGGUUUGUCUGCUAAAGUUUAAGAACACACUUUGAAUUUAAUAUAAAUAAGGGUUGCACUUUCUUUAAAAAUGUCAGGGUGUGCUUCUUGUGCACCCUGCCAAGCCUGAGAUAGAGAACAUCUGGUCUUCCACUUGUUGGACUUCAGCUCCCACCAAUAAUAAUAAUAAUACUAAUAAUAAUUUAAUUUCUUAGCUGCCUCUCCUUGUGGCUAGAGGCAGGGUGCAACAUAGCUAAAAACAUAUAAUCGUAAAAAAACACAUAUUAAAAACAUAUUUCUGCGUAAUAUAUAUAUUAAAAUAUACAGAAGAAGAUUAAAACAUAAGUUUAAAAUUCCUAGUUAAAAUUGACUGGCAGGCCUUAUGUAAGCGAUAGGUCUUUAGUUAUGUUUUAAAUUCCAACCGUUCAUUUCAGAUUUUUUCUGGCUGGUCAAUCCAUAAUCGUGGGGCAGCCGAUGAAAACUUUCUCUGGGUAACGGUCGCCAUUCGGGUUCUGGCUGGUUGGAGUAAAAUGACUGCCAGGGACUUAACUGGAUGGGUGGCUUAUAUGGGCGAAGGCGAUCAUUUAGGUAAUCUGAACCCAAGCCAUGUAGGGCUUUAAUGGUCAAAAACAACACUUUGUACUUUGCCCGGAAACUAAUUGCCAGCCAGAGGAGACACUUCAGUAUAGGAGUGAUAUGCUCACUAGCUGUUCCUGUAUCCAAUCUGGCUGUAAAGUUUUGAACUAACUGGAGUUUCUCAAUUUAGUACAGCAGUAAUCCAGUGUAAAGCACAUUGGAGAAGUCCAACCUUGCAGUUACCAAUGCGUUGCCAUCUUUAGGUCCUCUGAUGCCAGGCCAGUGGUGAGUGAUGAUGGAAGACACAGUCAAGCAGCAUCUACAGGGUCACCAAACAUAGUGUAAAGGGGCUUUUUCUAAGCAACCCUGCAGAAGAGUUGCUCUGUGUGCAGCUUGUUGGAUCAGAAGUUGCAUAGACCUUCAAACCAUAUCAAAUGAGUUCCUGGUAGACUGUUUUUGGUAACCUUUGGAAGUUUCAUGUAUACCUGCUGUGAAAUCAUUAAAAGUCUUUAAAAGGCUGACCAGUAUACAUCCACAUUCAAAGUUCUCCCCUGAUAUUAAAGUAUUAGCUGAAAAGGUAGCCAAGAUGUACAACAGGCAUUGGCAAUAGAAACCUAGGCUGUGAUUUCAGUGUUGUCAUAUUCUGUGAAUCCUAUUUUGUUAAUUUAUGAGAGCAUUAAUGUUGAUUCCCUACAGAAUGUAACCCUCAAACAUAAAACCUGUCUUGGAAUCUUCUUUAAAAUUGGCAUUGUCUUGUUUGCUAUUGACUGCUACAAACAUGGUUGAAAAUGUAAGCAAACUGUCCAUAUAAUAAACUACGGUAGUAAAGUAUGCCACUUUGUGCCGUGAAAAAGGGUAGGAAGUAGUUUUAAGUGGAUCCAAAGUGAUUUUCUUUCUUUCGUAAACAUUAUGGAGACCUAAUAAAGUUAAAAUGGUAAUAGUGGUGCAGCUACUUUGCCCAUUACAACAAUUUAUUUAUUUAUUUAUUUAUUUACAUCGCUUUUACCCCGCCUUUCUCCCCGAGGGGACUCAAAGCGGCUUACAAUAAAUAGGCAAAAAUUCAAUGCCUAAAAACAAUGUAAAAACAAUUCAUAUAAAACAAUCUACAAAACAAUUCAUAUAAAACAGAUACCAUUACAAAAUAAAAUCACAUUAUAUAAAAUUUUAAGCAUGUCCAAGAUUCACCAGCCUGGAAACGCAACAAUGUUGAAUGUUAAUUCUUCAUUUGAUUUAUCUUAUCUUAGUUGUAUACUUUGUAUUGACUCUCUCAUCUGGCACUCGGCUGUUUCUUUGCUUGGAGGAUCUCCAUCUGCCUCCCUCCUCCCAAAGGCAAAUGCAGUACAAUGGGAAAGGAAACAUCCACCCCAGUAUGUAAAGUACUGUGCCAGUUCACAGGGAGGAAUUCUACGCAGCCGAUCUGUUGCUGCUCCUGGGCUUUCUUGAAGUGUGCAGGCAGCAUGCUCAAGGAAACGUUGCGGAAGUCGUUGACACACUGCACAAUACUUCAGAAUCGGAUAUCCCAGGCUGGUCCAAUUCCAUGAACUACAAACACUAAAUGAUCUAUUUGCAAAGGUUCCCCAUUUGGGAUAUCAACAGAAAUAUUUUCCACUCCUCGCUUCACUGUCCUGGGUCGGCCUUGUUCUGUUGGGGUUGCGCCCCAGUCAUCUGUGGUUGCCACCAGAUGGUAAUGUACCAUCAGCUUUGUUAAUGUGGGAUUUGUGUAUUGAUAGUGUUUAAAUGAAAUUUGUGUCUUGCCUGUAUUGCAUACUGAUUGCAUCAUCCAGGGUGUACUAUAGUCUGGAAAGAGUUAAUUGCUAAGAAGCUGUGAUGUCCUUGAUGUGUGGUUGGAACUGGGGAGUGUCCAGACACAAGUGUUUGUGCAUUGCUGAUUGCAUUAGUUCAGUUCUGAGUUGAGUCGAGUGCUGUCUGCCUAGAGUCCUGUGUUCGUCUGCAAGUCUGUUUGUCUUGAUUAUUACUGCUUACAGUAAAACUUGUAUAUAGUUUUA